AUGCCGGAGCCAGCGAAGUCAGUGCCGGCUUCCAAAAAGGGAUCCAAGAAAGCUGUGACGAAGACUCAUAAGAAAGGCGAUAAGAAGCGGAAGAAAGUUAGGAAAGAGAGUUAUUCUAUCUAUGUCUACAAAGUUCUGAAGCAAGUUCACCCGGACACUGGCAUUUCAUCCAAAGCCAUGAGCAUCAUGAACUCCUUCGUGAAUGAUGUUUUUGAGCGCAUCGCUGGGGAAGCCACCCGCUUAGCGCACUAUAACAAGCGCUCCACUGUCACCUCGAGAGAGAUUCAAACGGCUGUCCGGCUCUUGCUGCCCGGGGAGCUGGCUAAACACGCUGUCUCCGAGGGCACGAAGGCUGUCACCAAGUAUACCAGCUCCAAGUAA